AUGUUCCUGUAUUCCUUGACCAUCCAGCCACCCACCGCCGUCACGCAGGCUCUGCUUGGUCAGUUCUCGGGAACCAAGGAACAGCAGAUUCUUACGGCGUCUGGAUCGCGUCUAACCCUCCUUCAGCCUGAUCCCCGCCAGGGCAAGGUCAACACCCUGCUGUCUCAUGACAUCUUCGGCAUCGUACGCGCCAUCGCGUCGUUCCGUCUGGCCGGCAGCCACAAGGACUACAUUAUCCUCGCCACUGAUUCGGGCCGUAUCACGAUUAUCGAGUAUCUCCCCAAGACGAACAAGUUCCAGCGCAUCCACCUUGAGACUUUCGGCAAGUCGGGCGUCCGCCGAGUCAUCCCCGGCCAGUACUUGGCCGCAGACCCAAAGGGAAGAGCCUGCCUCAUUUCGUCACUCGAAAAGAACAAGCUGGUCUAUGUUCUCAACCGCAACUCACAGGCCGAGCUUACCAUCUCGUCACCGCUAGAAGCCCACAAGCCAGGAGUGCUGGUGCUGUCUCUUGUUGCCCUUGACGUCGGUUACGCCAACCCCGUCUUCGCUGCGUUGGAACUGGACUACACGGACGCGGACCAGGACCCUACGGGCCAAGCACGAGAAGAAGUCGAGACACAGCUUGUAUACUACGAGCUUGAUUUGGGCCUGAACCACGUUGUACGCAAGUGGUCGGAUACUGUCGAUCGCACUUCUUCGCUACUCUUCCAAGUACCCGGUGGCAAUGACGGCCCCAGCGGUGUGUUGGUCUGCGGCGAGGAAAAUGUCACAUAUCGGCACUCGAACCAAGAGGCGUUCCGCGUUCCUAUCCCCAGACGCAGCGGCGCCACCGAGGAUCCCCAGAGGAAGCGUGUCAUCGUCUCUGGCGUUAUGCACAAGCUCAAGGGAAGCGCGGGCGCCUUUUUCUUCCUUCUUCAGACGGACGAUGGAGAUCUAUUCAAGGUCACCAUUGACAUGAUCGAAGAUAGUGACGGCAACCCCACCGGAGAGGUUAAGCGCCUGAAGAUCAAGUACUUCGACACGAUACCAGUAGCAACCAGUCUCUGCAUCCUGAAGAGCGGCUUCCUGUUCGCCGCUAGCGAGUUUGGAAACCAUCACUUUUACCAGUUCGAAAAGCUUGGCGACGAUGACGAGGAGCUCGAGUUCAGCAGCGACGACUUCCCGACAGACCCUACCGCCUCGUAUAACCCGGUGUACUUUCAUCCCAGGCCACUUGAAAACUUGGUCCUGGUUGAGAGCAUUGACUCGAUGAACCCUCAGGUUGAUUGCAAGGUUGCGAAUCUGACGGGUGAGGACGCGCCCCAGAUCUACUCUGUCUGUGGAAGUGGUGCGCGGAGUACUUUCCGCAUGUUGAAGCACGGACUCGAAGUGUCUGAAAUUGUCGCUUCAGAGCUUCCCGGUACACCUUCCGCUGUAUGGACGACCAAGUUGACCAAGUACGACCAGUACGACGCUUAUAUUGUGCUGUCAUUCACAAACGGAACUUUGGUGCUCAGCAUCGGCGAGACGGUAGAAGAGGUCAGCGAUAGUGGUUUCUUGACUACUGCGCCCACCCUAGCUGUCCAGCAAAUGGGUGAGGAUGGCUUGAUUCAAGUUCACCCCAAGGGUAUUCGCCACAUCGUCCAAGGUCGUGUCAAUGAAUGGCCUGCACCUCAGCAUCGCUCGAUUGUUGCUGCCACGGCAAACGAGAAUCAGGUUGUCAUCGCUUUGAGCUCUGGCGAAAUUGUCUACUUCGAAAUGGACUCGGAUGGUUCGCUCGCCGAGUAUGACGAAAAGAAGGAGAUGUCGGGAACCGUCACAUCGCUGAGCGUUGGUCAAGUACCGGAGGGCCUCAAGCGAAGCUCGUUCCUAGCUGUAGGAUGUGAUGAUUGCACAGUUCGCAUCCUUAGCUUGGAACCUGAUUCAACGCUCGAGAUGAAGUCCAUCCAAGCUUUGACAGCCGCACCCUCGGCUCUAUCCAUCAUGUCCAUGGAGGACUCGUUCGGUGGCUCCACGCUCUAUCUGCACAUCGGAUUGCAUUCGGGCGUUUACCUUCGGACAGUGCUGGAUGAGGUCACGGGCGAACUAACAGACACUCGUCAAAAGUUUUUGGGCCCCAAGCCCACCAAACUCUUCCAAGUAUCCGUUCAGGAUCAGCCAUGUGUUCUUGCGCUGAGCUCGAGGCCAUGGUUGGGCUACACCGACCCAAUUACCAAGGGCUUUAUGAUGACGCCCCUAAGUUAUACCGAGCUUGAGUAUGGCUGGAACUUCAGCAGUGAACAGUGCUUGGAAGGCAUGGUUGGAAUUCAUGCCAACUACCUAAGGUCAGUUUUCCCGCACUCUCUUGGCGUCCACUUUGCUUCAAAUGAUGAUAAAAGGGAAUCCUAUGCCUUCGGAAUCUUUUCGAUCGAAAAACUGGGCGAUAACAUGAUUCAAAAAUCCAUUCCUUUGACUUACACACCUAAGCGCCUGAUCAAGCAUCCUGAACAGCCAUACUUUUAUACCAUCGAAUCCGACAAUAACACCCUUCCCCCGGAGCUGCGGGCAAAACUUCUGGAGCAACAAACCAAUGGUGACGCAACGAUACUGCCGCCAGAGGACUUUGGAUAUCCCAGGGCCAAAGGCAGAUGGGCAUCGUGCAUUAGCAUUAUUGAUCCUAUCAGCGAGGAACCGAGAGUCCUCCAAAGGAUUGAUCUUGAUAACAAUGAGGCGGCAGUCAGCGCGGCCAUUGUACCCUUUGCCAGUCAAGAGGGUGAAAGUUUCUUGGUGGUCGGCACAGGCAAGGACAUGGUCCUCAACCCACGUCAAUUCACCGAAGGCUACAUCCAUGUUUACCGAUUCCAUGAAGACGGCCGGGAUCUGGAGUUCAUCCACAAGACCCGAGUAGAAGAGCCGCCUAUGGCACUCAUCCCGUUCCAGGGACGUCUGCUUGCUGGCGUGGGCAAGACACUCCGCAUCUACGACCUCGGUUUGAAGCAACUGCUCAGAAAAGCUCAAGCAGAUGUGACGCCCACUCUCAUCGUUUCCCUACAAAGCCAGGGUAACCGCAUCAUUGUCGGCGAUCUCCAGCAGGGUAUCACUUAUGUCGUCUACAAGGCCGAGGGCAACAGACUUAUUCCCUUUGUCGACGACACCUUGAACCGCUGGACAAGUUGCACUACCAUGGUCGACUACGAUUCCGUCGCCGGCGGCGACAAGUUCGGCAACAUCUACAUAGUCCGCUGCCCAGAGCGCGUCAGCCAGGAAACUGACGAGCCUGGCUCGGAGAUCCACCUGAUGCACGCCCGCAACUACCUUCACGGCACACCCAACCGCCUGAGCCUCCAGGUCCACUUCUACACUCAGGACUUGCCGACCAGCAUCUGCAAGACCAGCCUGGUCGUCGGCGGCCAGGACGUGCUGCUAUGGAGCGGUUUGCAAGGCACAGUUGGUGUCUUCAUUCCCUUCGUCAGCCGCGAGGAUGUCGACUUCUUCCAGAACUUGGAGAAUCAUAUGCGCGCUGAGGACCCGCCGCUUGCGGGACGUGAUCAUUUGAUCUACAGAGGUUACUAUACCCCCGUCAAGGGCGUGAUCGAUGGUGACUUGUGCGAGAGGUUCAGUUUGCUGCCGAAUGAUAAGAAGCAGAUGAUUGCGGGAGAACUUGAUCGCUCGGUGAGGGAAAUCGAGCGCAAGAUUUCGGAUAUCCGCACCCGGUCUGCCUUCUAA